AUGAGGUAUCUUCUCCUCUUAUUCUUCUCGCCUAUUUGACUCCAGCACAGCAGACAGCAGAGGUGACCCUAAUUGAUUCGAACUGACAGAUAGGAUUACUUGUGAUUUCAGUGCUGCGGCCUUGUUUCGAAAGAUAUGCUAAUCACCGACUGGUCAAUGUUCGGCCGUACCACAGUGAAUGGAGGAUGCCAACCGAGGACAUGUGCCUGCUUUUCUGUGCUCAAUCCGCCGUAAUCAUUUCACUCCCUUCCAUGUUCACCCCACGCAUUCCCUCUUUUCAGUCCCGUUGCCGUUCCGUCGUCUAUGAUACGGUCCAGCACAUUUGCCAUUAUUUCUCUGAUGAGGGCGUCGAUCAGGCAGUCAUCUCGGCCAAAAUGACCUACCUUCGCGUCGUCUCCAGAUCUUGCUUGCGUGGGUUUUUUGAUUUAUCGUCGGUACACAAACUGAAGAACGGCUUCACUUCUCUCGGAGAUAAGCACUUCGCAAAGAGUUUAUCGGUCGAAAGAAUAAGAAGUGGACAUAGGGUGAUACGGAAGGGGAAUGGAAUGAUAGCUCAACUUCCGUCACCGUGGAAUUAGCUGUUUGCAGAAGAGAAUGCGGAGAACGCAGCCGAUCCGAACGUCUCGCCGCCGGAUUCUCCUCCGGUUCUCCUCACUUCUUCGUUCACCAACAAUGAGAUUCAACAAGAACUGGCCAUUCCUCAGCCACCAAUAGAAAUUCCAACGCAACAACCUGCCACUGAGCUCCCGAUGACUACCACGGAGACUUCGGAAGCACCAGCUAUGCCAGAAGUUGUCACUUUCGAGUCAGCAACUCAGCCAAUGAUCCAGAAUAACGACGACGAGGACUUGACAGGGACAACUGAAUCUGUGCUUGAUAUCGACGAAACUGACUUGGAUAAGGAACUGAAGUCGGUGAUGGAGCCGUCGCAGUUCACCGGUUCGUUCAGUGAAGGAGAUGCUCAAGUGGAGAACAACGGAGUGUACAGGGAUAAGGCGGCAAGCGAGCAGAGAUGGAUGGAUUCGAUGGAGAAGAUGGACGCGAAGCCAUCUGGAAAGAAGACGAUCGGAGAGAAAUUGGAGGAGUUGAAGACUGAGGACAGACAGAAGUACGAGAUGUUGAUGGGGGAAAAGGCGGAAGAUGAGGAGGUGGAGGAGGAGAAACAGAAGCUGAAAAACAGUUUGAGAUACGGAGCGAAGGUUAUACAGUUUGAUGAAGAGGCCGCUUUCCGAAAACAGUCGGAAUUGAGAAGGAAGCCAGCUGGAGCCACGAAGAGACCUGCUCUGAAACCAGUCACCAUCUCGUCCACAUCGUACAUUCAAAAGGCCAAGUCUUUCUUAGAUGAAGUGAACGAGGCAGAUGAAGUCAGAACUGGAGAUAUCGUUACUACAGGUAAGUCUACUACCACACUAUUUAGAACAUUUUGUCCAAUUUAGAAUGCCGUUCUGACGAUGUCGAUGUCUGGAUUGCCUUUGAAAACAGCGAGCAAGCCGAUGAGUCCGCAGACGAGCAGAUCGACUCGAAUGUUCCGUCGAGGAGGGAAUGUCAAAAGAUCUGCCAACAGCAGGUACGACGCAUGAACCACUCAUCUUAAUCAUUGCCCUCCGAUUCCAGAAUUGCCGCUCCUUCACUUACUUCGAGAAGACCCACGCGUGCCAUUUGAGCACAAUCGAACGGAGUCACCCUGCAAGCUCCAGUGGCCGGAGAUUUCACCGCUAGCACUUCCACCAAGUUCUGCUAUCCCCGCACUUUCUCAGUCUUCGACGGAUGCUCCAACUUUGUUGCCUUCCGUGACUAUUCUGUCCGAAUUGAGGCAGUCGAAGAGUUCGACGGAUUGCCGCGCGGCUACGAAGGAAUGCAGUUGUGCAUUGAGCUCUGUGUCCUCUCCACUCGUUACACAUGCCGCUCGUCCACUUUCAAUCCAAUCACCGGAAAAUGUCGAUUGUUGACCGAAGACUCACUUUCCAGUCCAGACGAGUUUAAAUACGACGAAUUCCAGAAAGAUCUCUACUUUGAGAAUGGAUGCACUUCCGCUGGAAAUGACUCAUCUGGUGAGAGGCUUUCCGAAUGACUCAUAUGAAGAGAAUUUUCAGAUUUCAUUGGCCGAAACGUGGAAAUCGUGCCUGUGAAGCCGAAAAAGUUGAAGAAAAAGUAAGGAACAAAUAGAAUAAAUUUGAAGGCAUCCAUUUGAUUUCAGACUCCGCAGAGUGAAAAAACUCCGUCGUCGUCACUAG